UCCAGCCACGUGAGCAGUCCUGAGCCAGGGAUUCUGAGCAGCCGGUGGCUUUAGGAGAAACUGAAACUGGGCUUUCUGGGGGCGGAGUGGUCACUAGGGAUUUAAAGAGCUGCCACUUCCUUGGGUCCCCAGAGGGCACCGGGAGGUCACAGCUGCUGAGGGACAUCCAGGAUCUGUGUGAGCCUCGCUCCCCUGCCUCAGCCAUGCACCUCUGUGGAAGAGAAGUGCUGCUGACGGGGCCCGACCCACCAGAUUGUCAGAAGCAGCUGAAGAAGAAACAGAAAAACCGGGUGGCCGCCCAGCGCAGCCGGCAGAAGCACACAGACAAGGCAGAUGCCCUGCACCAGCAGUACGAGACCCUGGAGAAACACAACCACACCCUGCGGAAGGAGAUCCAGGCACUGCAGGCUGAGUUAGGAUGGUGGACUCGCACUCUGCAGCUGCAUGAGUGUGUGUGCCGCCUGGACUGUGCCUCCCGCCCAGCGCCGGAGCCUGCUGGCUGCUGGGCUUGGCCCCAGCAGCCCCUGGGACAAUCCACUGCCCGUGGGCAACAUGGCUGCCUGAAGCAGAAGGGCCUGAUGCAGACUCCAGCCUCCUCUUCCCCAGCUCAGCAACUUUCUCCAGGUCCACACUCUCAGGAUUCCCCUGGCCUUCUCCCACCCCUUCUGCCUUUGCUGUCCCUUGGCCCUGACAUGGGGACAGCACACCCUGCCCAACUGUCCCUCAGGCCUGACCUGUCUGCCCCACCCGCUGGCUCUGGCCCGUUGGAGACUUCCUCCAAGCUCGGUGCCCUCCUGCCCAGCCCUCCAGCCCAGCCUGCCCCUCCACAGCCCCUGGGGCCGGAGCACCCCAUCACGGGGGGACUGGAGUCCUCUCCCCACAACCCUUCAGCUGCUCCAGGGCCUGCGUGUCUGCAGAGGAGGGAGCCUGUUCUCUCAGCCCCAGACUGGCAAGGGCCUGCAGGGGGGCCCGGCCCUCAGCCCCUCCUGGCCUUCCCCCUCCUCUCCUCUGCCCAAGUCCACUUCUAACCUGCUCCCAGGAAUGGAGCUGCCUCCUCCUUAGGCCCAGAAAGCAGCCUCAGCAACCAGGUGCCUCCUUUGCUGCUGCUGGAAGGUUUCCUUGUUGGUUGACCAGCUGGGCCAGGAUUUCCCUGGGGAAAAGGAAGCCAUCGCUGCAGCAGCGGGGGCUGCUGCAGCCCCUGCCACCACCAAUAUGUCAUUCCAACCUCCCAGUCACCUAUGAAACAGAGACUACCAUUCCACUGUUCCAAACAAGGAAACAGAGACUCAGAGAAGUCAAGCGACAUGUUGAACAUUACACAGCCUGUCUUAAUUUGUUAUUUUUAUUUUUAUUAGUUUCUCACGCAGCCUUUCUUGAGACUUGAAACACUCUCAUUUGCUGUCCUGGUAAGAUCCCGGACCAGGGCCCACGGGUCUGAAGUCCUGAAAACUGAGGGCUGGUAUAAGGAGGUUCACUGCUGGGAGCAGAGAGGGCUCUCCCCUCUGCUGUCCAGUUCCCCUGGCAAAAACCCAGCUGUCCCAGAAACGCGGCCCUGGCUGGGGACAAUCCAGAGUCCACAGUGGGCGAGGAGAAGCCCAGAAGCCCAGGAGAAGACGCUUGCGUUAUCCCAGGAGUGUUUCCAGUGCCGAGAAACCACUGUGAGCUGGAGCCGAUGGAGGCCUGGAGCGGCCCCUCUGGGACUUCCAGAGGCUGGUACCCACAGCCAUUCUGAGGCCUGAGGGAGACUCCGCAGGGCCAGCUCUCCUGGCUAAUCCCAGGUAGCUCCCCGCCUCCCCUUCCCCAAGGCCUGGCCGCUGGACCUCAGUGAUCCAUUCAUCUUCCGCCCCAAGAGCAGGAAGAGAGACUGAGGGAAGUACCGGGGCCGGCGCUGCACUCCAACCUAGCAGCGGCGGGGCUGGUGUCUUCUCUGGCAGCACCAGGACCCUGCGCACCCCCAGGCCCGGUUACCCUCAGACCCCCUGAAGCAGCUUCCUCCUGGCUCUUGGGAAGGGGCUGAUGGCAGCACAGAGCAGGAGCCUGAGACCAGGCUCAGCUGGGGUGUCCGCUCGGAGAGGGCAAUCAGAUUAGGUGAGAGGGGGUGUCCCUCGCGCUCCAGGACAAGCACGCGGAGACGACUCUUCACCCAGACUCUCACACAUGUAGCUGAGACACUAUGUCAGGAUUUAACACACUCCCAGGUGCUGGGCACAAGUCUUGGCACAUAUGAUGGCAAAUAAAUUCAAAAGUGUUUCCCCA